AUAACAUCUCACACGUAUUCACAUUCAUAAAGACACUAAUCUUUUCGAAGACAUGAUUUGUCCUUCUUCCCUUUUCGUAAAUACUCGAUAAAACUAAAGGGUGAUUUUGUCUUUUCCACUUGUUUUGUUUGAUCCUGUUAAAUUUAAAAUUGGAAAGGGAAUGGCUUGCAGUGUUGGCAAUGUCUCUCCCCUACAGUCUCUUUCUCUUUACACCAAAGAGCUUCUUUAACCUCCAAAUUUUUCCCUCUCUCUUUUUCGGCGGUUAAGCUGCCGCAAUCUCACCCACUUCAAGAAGAAACCCCAGAAACUAAGAAAAAAUUGAAUCUUUCUCUCUAAUCCUCGAAACCCAUUUGAUUAUAUUUCUCCGGAAAUUUGAAGAACAGUUUGUGAACAGAGCAAAUGCCGCUUGUUAGGCUUCAAGUGAGGAAUGUUUACGGUUUAGGUCAAAAGGAUCUUCACGGAAACGUCGAUCGUGAAGACACCAAAGCGAUUCUCGACGGCGUCGCCGUUUCUGGACUCGUUGGGAUCUUGCGUCAACUCGGUGAUCUCACCGAGUUUGCGACAGAGAUAUUUCAUGGAAUACAAGAAGAGGUUAUGAUUACAGCUUCAAGAAGCAAUAAGUUGAAGAUGAGACUGAAGCAGAUAGAAGCUACAGUGCCUUCAAUUCACAAGACAGUGCUUGCACAAACAAACCACAUACACUUUGCAUACAGUGGAGGUCUAGAGUGGCAUCCUCGUUUACCAAAUGUGCAAAAUCACUUUAUUUACGAUGACUUGCCACAGUUUAUCAUGUCUCCAUAUGAAGAUAGCCGAGAUCCUCCGCAUCUGCACUUGCUAGACAAAUUUGAUAUAAAUGGUCCAGGGUCUUGUGUGAAGCGAUACUCCGAUCCUACUCUUUUUAAAAGAGCAUCAAGAGCUUCUAAACUUCCUGAAAUGAAGAAGAAGAAAUCACUCCCACGGAGUCGAGAUGUCUCACGUGUUGCCUCAUUGGCUAACCAGAGUGACAGGAAGACAUUUGCUUCUUUAAGCUUCAGUGGAAGAACCUCUUGCUCAAAAACUGCCUCAACGGUUGAAACCGAAUCGAAAUCAGACUUGCAAGAUCAUCGUUCUUGCUCUUUCGAUUCCAGAAGUGGUGGGGAGAAGCUGAAGGGUGUAUACACUUCUUCAAGGCUUACACAGGUUCCUCGGACCAUUGCUUCAGUUCUCUCUGAAAGCGAAAGUGAAGAUGCAAAUGAUAGUCCUUCUCAAGAUCUAACAGCUCGUGGCUCUUCUUGCGUUAGCUGGCACGAGAAAGCUGAGAUAGUGGAAACCGAUGCUCUGCAGUGUCCAAAAGAUGAAUGUCCUGAAGUGAUGGAGACUAGCUCUGUUGUGGAUGCUGAAACUGUAUCAAGACUGAAAGAACAUACAGAGUUUGAACCUGUUGUCCAAGAUAUCAAACCGAGGGAAAUGGAAAUGGACAGUGAAGAUGAAACUGAAAGCGAAGGGGACGAUUUUGUUGAUGCACUUUACACCAUCGAUUCAGAAUCUGAAAAUGAUCAAGGGUACCAAGUUACUGAAGAAGUGCAGAGGAAGAUUUCAAAUGAGAUUACAGAAGAAAAGUUGGAUGACUUUGUGUGUGAGAAAGAAACAGAGAAGAUAUCUAACAACUUUAGUGAUGAUGAUGAUGAUGAGACAAUAUGUGCUGCUGCAUCAGGUCUACAUUUAUCAUCAUCACCGGUGGAUAAACCUGAUGAACUUUCUCAUCGAGAUCCAUGGGCGGGUUCAGAUAUAAGCAAUGGUACUCAUAGUUAUUCCAAUGGCUUCUCAAAUCCACUGUAUGAUGAUGAUACUAAUGGUAUCCAAGAACAUCAAGAUUCAGAAGAUGAGGCUUCUUGUGACACCGAAGAGGCGGCUAAGCUAUGGACUAAUGGAAAUCUGCUGGGACUGAAACCAUCGAAACCGAAGAUUGUAGCAGAAACCAUCCCAGAGAAUGAUGAAGACGUUGAUGAUGAAACCUCCUUCGAAGAUCCCUUGAGAGAAGCUGAUAAGGCUGCUUUUGACUGGUUUACUUCAUCUCCUCCACUUGAUCACAUGAAAAUAUCUUUCAAACCCUCGGAAACCUUGCCGAGUUCCGAACUGAAGCUGAAACUUCCAGAAGAAUAUACGUUUUCUUCUUUUCAGUUGGUGCCAGAGACUAAUGCUGCUUCACUUCCUGAUUCUGAUUCAGACAAGGACACUUUCUGUAGAUCCUCUUCUUACGUUUCAGAUAACAGCGACGAUCACUCUGUGUCAGACUCUGAGCAGCAGUGGGAAGAAGAACCAGGCGAAAUCCGUGAAAGAAAGAGCCAACAAGGGAUUUAUGAUUCGUUUCAUAGAUUCAAUGCUGAAGCUUCUUCUCUCUCAGCUCCAUCUUCAAAGACUGAAACAACAUCAAAUGGUUAUCUAGCUGGAAAUCUCUCUUACCUCCAAAAUCCAGCUGAGCCUUUACCACCGCCUCUCCCACCGUUACAGUGGAUGGUUUCGAAGAUACCGUCGGGGAGAUUCGAGGAUCACAACAGGGAGUCUCUAAAGGACACUCUCAUACGCACAUUUGAGCAGAACAGUUCUUUAUCUACAGUCAAGAAAGAAGAACCAAACACUGUCACUGCUUCUGUUCCUAAACUAGAAAACAAGGUGCAUCAGAAGAAUGAUGUGAGGGAUUAUAAGCAAAAUCAUGGCAAUGCAAAAGAGACUGAAGCUGGAGACUUUUUGCAUCAAAUCCGAACAAAACAAUUCAACUUGAGACGUGUGGUCACGACAAAGACAUCAUCAUCGGAAGCUACGAUGAACACCAAUUUCAGCGUGAUUCUAGAGAAGGCAAACUCCAUCCGACAGGCUGUAGCAAGCGACGAUGGAGAUGGCGAAAGCGAUACAUGGAGCGAUAGCGACACGUGACACCGAGUGCAAUUCACUAAUAUUAUAGAACACCACAUUCAUUCCGUUUCUUAUAUGUUACGCUAUUGUGUGGUAGAUAUAUAGGUCGAUUUUGUCGUACGUUUUAUAUCUGUAUCUUCAACUAUAAAAAAUAGGUUCUACAAAAUAAAAAUAACUAUAUAGAAUAUGUUUCUUCUGAUGAGUCUCGAGAGAAUUAACGUCAAU